CAGCGCCACAAAUUCUUCCCUUUCUUUUUUUUAUCCUCCAUGGCUUCCCUCCUCGCUUCCUCUUGCUCCUCUCCCCUCCCUUCUUCUCCUUCUCCGCCAACAACGUCUACUUGUACAUGCAGCAAUCUUCUCCUUCGAGCACGGUUGCCAUUCUCGAAACCGAAACUCCCUUCUCCACCUCCCUGCUGUUCUCCCAGCAAGCGAAACCUCCUUCCCAACUCAACGGCCAAUCUCAUCGUCGUCCCGCCGCUUUUCCUCUUCCCCGGAUCAUCACCUCCCAAUACCCAGACAGUUUUAAUCACUGCUAGCGUAGUGGCCGCCAUUGCUCUCUCCCUCUUCCUCGGCCUCAAAGGAGAUCCAGUUCCGUGCAGCAAGUGUGCUGGAAAUGGGGGCACGAAAUGUGUGUUCUGCGAGAACGGCAAGAUGAAGCAAGAAACCGGCUUGAUGGACUGCAGAGUAUGCAAGGGUGCAGGUAUCAUCAUCAUCAUCAUCCUAUGUGAUAACUUUUGCUGUUAAUUCCUCAUUAAGGAACUAUUAUGUUUAACUAAGAUUGUGUCUAAUAGUUACUCUAGAUCAUUUCUGAAUGUGCCAUCUGUACCUUGUGGGGGUUCCCACUGCCUCUUCUAUCAAUCUUGCCUCCCACAUUCUUUAGAGGGGAAAAAUUCACUGCAAAAUGUGACAAGCCUAGUGUAUCCACUGUGUAACCACGAAAUCGACAUGAAUUCCAUUGCAGCAGUGAACAUUGAUCUCUGCUUAUCUAGCACCCUCAUCAACUCAGUGCUUGAGCUCUUUAAACCUGAAUGUUCGUUCUUCACAUAUUCGUAUUGUAAUCAGAUAUGGGUACUAUGUGCAGGGUUGAUACUGUGCAAGAAGUGCAGAGGUUCUGGGUAUUCUAGACGGCUAUGAUCUUGUUUUUGUCUGGGCAUUUAGUUACAUAUACCUUCUAUCUGCCUAUUUUUGGGUUCAUUUUCUUCUUUCUCCAUCCAUCUUAUAUGAUGUGUAAAUGCUUUGCUAUUUUUCUCCUCUGUUGUGCAACUUCUUGAGUAAUGUUGAGUACAGAAAUGUAAAUAUUGCUGUCUUAAAACAGCCCUACUACUUAUAAUGAUUCAUCC